AUGAAUCCCUCGGGUACUCUCCUUGUUUCUGGCAGUCCAGAUAAAAUCAUUCGUGUAUGGGACCCGCGAACAUGUUGCAAACUUUUUCAAUUGAGUGGACAUGCAGAUAAUGUUCGAGCUCUGAUUGUUCGUCCGGAUGGACAAGAGGUAGAUGAAGCCUGGACUACUGUGUUCUCUUCCGGAAAGGAUGGAAAGAUUUGGGCCACCGAUCUUAGUAAUACAUCACGGUCCGUUCUGAUCGGUGAAGAGUCUGACCCAGUCCUACGGCCAAUCAGAUCCAAAUUACGUUCCAUGCAACAAGAAGAGGAGGAUAGCAUGGACAAUGAUCGAUCCUACUUCGUCACGGAAGAUCAUUCGGUACACAGCUCAAAUAAUUCCUCCCAUCGGGAUACGCAUCCCACGCAUUUCAAUCACACUCCUCCCUCCAAUCCCACGAAUUCUUUGCAUUUACGCUGGCCGGGAACAGAGCAGUCACCUCCCGGCGGAUCAGAGCUUAUAAAACCCGAUUUUGUCAUCCCAGAGAAACGAUUCAUUCUCACAAAAGACAGUAAUGGAAAUGUAGAUAUUUACGAUGUGUUGAAAAUGCCUAUCAUUCACUUGGAUGAGGCAGAUUGUGUUUCGGCAAACAUAACCGUGGGCGAUGCAAUGCUGACGGAUGACGUGGAACCGGACGGUUGCUUCACAGCUGAAACCAAAGGUACUUACUCGCUUGUCUAUUUUGUCCGCUUUCUCCCCUGGUUGACAUUGUUGUGCUGCUUCACACUGAUCAUGUGCACCUAUGAGAUUCGGCUAAUGGGUAAUUAUCAUUUGCUUACUUUACCUUACUACGGUUUGUUGUGUGGUAUCUGA